AUGGGCGGCAGUCCCUGCAACAAGGUGAUCUGCUACAGCUGCGGUGGUCACCUCAAGCAGCUGACUCGGGAAAUUAGCCCUGCAGAGCUACACCAAAACUUCUUCCCCGACUGUCGGCACGUGAGGGGAUUGGAGAGUAACAACGUACCUCUGUUUGAGACCGAAGACGAGAACACCUCGAGAAAUGGUGCAACUGGAGCAGACUUUGACCCGUUUCCUAAUCUUGCGGGAGAAGGACCCGCCAUAGCUCCCCCUGUGUCUCGAGAGAGCAACCUGCUGCUGUCCAGCCAGCAAGCGCUGACAAGAUCUUUAGGCUUUAGUUUAUCGGACGCUAUAACUCAAAUGUCAACUUCGUCAUUAUACCACAAUCAGCAGGCGAGUAACGUCGGCAAUGCGGGUUAUCAAGCCUCUCUCCGGAGUGAAAUAUCUACGUGUAUUGGUGAGUCGGAGCGAAUGAAAAGCGAAGAAGAAAGGUUGAAGACGUUCGCCCAUUGGUCAAUAGCUGCACACGUCCGACCACGUGAUCUCGCCAGCGCGGGUUUUUUCUACACGGGGACCGGAGACAGUGUCAAAUGUGCAUUCUGUGCUGGGAUACUACGGAACUGGGACCUAGGUGAUCAGCCCAUGCAGGAACACCGCCGCCUGUUCCCGACCUGUCAGUUGGUUCUCGGAACUGUGGUGGGGAAUGGUAACCACAGUACCAGCCGCAGUGGGGCGCCAGCAUCGGUCGCUGGUAGUGGCUCAGACGGAAGUUCUGCACCUCACGGCGGCGCUCCUAUAUUUCAUGGACAAGACCUUGGAAUCCUAACAGACAAACCAAAGCACCAAAGGUUCGCAAUCGAAAGUGUACGAGAAAAAACGUUUGCAACUUGGUCUGCUCACUGGGCUCAAAACCCUGUCAACCUGGCUAAGGCCGGCUUCUUCUACGCUGGAUUUUCAGACAACGUGAAGUGCUUUUACUGUGAUGGGGGAUUGAGAAACUGGGAGCCACAAGAUGACCCAUGGACUGAGCAUGCGCGCUGGUUUCCUCGGUGUGGUUUUGUCCGUCAGUGCAAGGGGGAGGAGUUUAUUCGACAUGUUCAAGAGCUGUAUCCAAGGCAGGGCACCGACACGCAGCCGCAGUUGACCGUUCAAAACCAAGCAGCCAUAACUAAUGUUAGGCGACGAGAAGCCGGACAGUACGUGGUGGAGGCCCGUGAAAUCAAGGCCAGACUGGACACCCCCACUGUCCAGGCAGUCCUGGAGAUGGGUUAUCCCAGGGACACAGUGAAAAAAGUCAUUGAGAACAGACUGCGUACCACCGGGGACGACUUCCCUAACGCCGAGAGCCUGUUUGAAGCUAUUCUGUCCUAUGAGGAGAGGCAGACGCCAGGAGAGGGGCGUGAACAGACUCCGUCAGGUGUUGCUGAACCCACCCAGGACACCCUCUCACCCAGUCGGACUCCAAAGCCUGCUAAAGAGGAAAAGAAGAGAGGAAAGAAGAAGCAAAAAAGUACAGAGGCCAAAACGACUGUCGGCGAAAAUGACGAAGAAGCCAAAUCUCUCAUAGAGGAGAACCAGCGUCUUAAAGAACAAAGGACGUGUAAGAUCUGCAUGGACGAGGAAGUCAGCUUUACCAGUGUCACUCCGGGAGAGCCAGAAGCCAAAUCUCUCAUAGAGGAGAACCAGCGUCUUAAAGAACAAAGGACGUGUAAGAUCUGCAUGGACGAGGAAGUCAGCAAAUCUCUGAUGCUCGAUAAACUGGAUGAAUACGCACUUACACACAAGAGUGAUACGGGGGAUCCCCAAUAUGCAAAUAGGCCACACUCCGGUCUGCGCAUGGAUACCCGUGGCAUUGGUUAA